AAAGGGGAUUCGUCGAUUCCUCACAACACUGCUCCUGUUAUUGAACGGAGUAAUUAGUACAUAAUUUGCGUCCGUUCCGCUGCGUGAAACAUCUGCGUUGCUGUAGACUAAAAGACCCAGAAGACAAAACUGUUACUUGUGUUAAUUUUGAAAUACCUGUGUUUGGUUGUUGUAUAUUUUGCAACUGUGCAAUAUGCGACUUCUCGGAUUUUACGGCUUGAUGUUACAUGUUUACAUAGUUUAUUGCACAGAGUUGACAUUUGAAUUACCGGAUAACGAAAAGCAGUGUUUUUACGAAGAACUUGAAGAAGGAGUUAAGUUUGACAUCGAUUUUCAGGUUAUUGCUGGAGGCAACUACGACGUAGACUGUUUUGUGACUGAUCCAAUGAGCAAUGUCCUGUAUCAGGAGAGAAAGAAACAGUACGACAGCUUUUCUCACACCACGACGACUAAAGGCGUUUACAAGGUCUGCUUCAGCAAUGAGUUCUCCACAUUUUCUCACAAAACCGUCUACCUGGAUUUCCGUGCUGGGGAAGAGGCUCCUCUCCUACCUGACAUGAACAGAGCCACCGCCCUUACUCAGAUGGAAUCUUCUUGCCUCUCAAUCCACGAGAUCCUGAAGGUGGUGAGGGACUCACAGACCUGGUACAGGCUGCGGGAGGCGCAAGACCGCAUCAGAGCUGAAGACCUCCAUGACCGUACCUCCUACUGGUCCAUUGGAGAAACGAUUAUCCUCUUUGUGGUCAGCAUCGGCCAAGUACUCAUGCUCAAAAGCUUCUUCACUGAGAAGAAAACUGCCGUGGCUGCCAGCACUUAAUGCACGACAUUGGAACUCCUUUGUGACCUGACUUUCAUUUGUAAAACCCCAUGACUGGAACCAAUGUAUGCAACUGCUUCUAGAACUACACCCCUUGGUCCUCACAUUUCAGUGUCAUUAAUAAGACCUGUAGCCAUUUAAUUUAAUUCUUAAAUGGCCUUUGCUUGUGGUCAUGUGCCUCUCCUGAAUAAAAGGUAAAAAACAUACAGUGACUACCUGUUUACAAAGGUGCAAGACAUCAUUUCAAAAUUAUUGCAUUCCCUUUUUUGCUGUGUGUUUUUAUUAUGUCUGUGGAGCUUUGUUUUUAAUGUAAGUAUGUUUCUUCAAUUCCAAUGAAAAUGGCCAGGGUUUGAAUUGCAUUGAAAACCAAAGAAUAUUUACAGAAUUUUCCCUGUAGGGACAACAUUCAUUGUUACUCUGAAUUUAAUAUACUUUUUCUAUCCUGCUUGAAGACACUUUUUGUGGGCUACAUUUAUACUUUAUCAGUACAUGUUAAAAUUGUUCAUGUGUAAUUGUUAGAAAGAUGGUUUAGUACUGCUGAAACAGUAUGACUAUAGAAAGUUAAGUGGAAGUCUAAAGUGUUCAUUUCAUCAUUGAUCACUGUUUACCAAAAGAUUGUCAGUGUUUGAGAAUGGAAUCAGAUUUCUUCAUUAUUGUGCAAUGCAAAAGUAAUGUUACUUCUGAUUCUAUCAUGAAAAUAAGUUUAGUGCAGUGAGGAGAUCUUGUGUUUUCUCAGUUUGAUCACUGUUACAUUUGACACAACUGUAGUCUAUUACUGGCAAUAGCAAUUUUUUGUUUAUGGAGGAAACUGUUAACAUUUUGAAUAGUUUGUGACCCUGAUUUGUUUUUGCUAACUUGUGAAAUGUUAAAUUCUGUCAUAAUUCUUGCAAAGAUCUCCCUUAUGAAUAUGCCUUGCAUAGAUGUUUGUUUUUGUUGACUAUUGUUGUCUGAUCCCGAGAGCUUUGAGUUGUGGGGGUAUUACGGAGUAUUGUAUACUGUUCCACACCAAGUGCAUUGAUGACUAAUUAAAGUCA